GGUUCGGCUUAUCACGGCACCGCCUACAUGCGGAACAUGCAAGUCAGCUGAUAUAAUGUUGUAGGAAAGCGCAAGUUAGAAUGAACAUAGGAAAUCAGUGUUGGGUGUUUUGGGGUAUUUUUCUCUAUAUCAGUGUUUGUUUAGGCGUGGACUACGAUUUAGAUGAUAGAACGGGAUUAGGACGAUCGUUUGAUGGCAUUGGUGCUUUAAGCGGUGGUGGGGCGACAUCGCGUUUGCUCGUCAAUUAUGCCGAGCCAUACCGGAGUCAGAUUCUAGACUAUCUAUUCAAGCCUAAAUUUGGAGCCUCAUUACAAAUUCUGAAGGUUGAAAUAGGAGGCGAUGCUCAGACUACAGAUGGAACUGAGCCCUCACACAUGCACUAUGAAGAUGAUGAGAAUUAUUUUAGAGGAUAUGAAUGGUGGCUUAUGAGGGAAGCUAAGAAGAGGAAUCCAAACAUCACACUUAUAGGUCUACCGUGGGCUUUUCCAGGAUGGGUUGGAAAUGGUGAAAACUGGCCAUAUAGUUUCCCUGAUAUCACUGCUUCUUAUGUGGUUUCAUGGAUUCUUGGGGCAAAGCAGUACCAUGACUUGGAUAUUGAUUAUGUCGGGCUUUUGCGGUAUACACUGGAUAAAAGAGGUCUGGAGAGAGUUAAAAUCAUUGCCAGCGAUAACCUCUGGGAGCCGAUCACGUCUGUUGUAAUUGCUGAUAAAGAGCUACAGGAUGCUGUUGAAAUCUUAGGGGUUCAUUAUCCUGGCACCAACACUGUGCCUAAGGCCCUGAAGACUGGCAAGAAACUGUGGUCCUCUGAAGACUACAGCACUUUUAAUGACAAUGUUGGCGGAGGCUGCUGGGCACGAAUUCUCAACCAGAACUAUGUCAAUGGCAAAAUGACAGCGACCAUAUCUUGGAAUCUUGUUUCUAGUUAUUAUGAUGACCUUCCCUUUGGAAGGGAUGGACUAAUGACUGCAAAUGAGCCAUGGAGUGGAAAUUAUGUUGUUGAGUCCCCUAUUUGGAUAACAGCCCAUACAACCCAGUUUACGGAACCUGGCUGGGUGUACCUGCAGACAGUGGGACACUUCACACAUGGUGGAAGUUAUGUUGCACUGACUGAUGAGAGAGGAAAUCUAACAAUAAUCACUGAAACUAUGACCCAUGACCACUCUGUGUGUAUAAGACCUCCUCUGCCCCCCUAUAAUGUUACUGCCCAGAAUGUAACAUUCCAUCUGAAAGGGACUUUUGCUUCAGUCAGUGAGCUGCAGGUGUGGCAUUCAAAGUUUGAUUUCAAGACAAACAAGACAGUCCUCUUCCAAAAUCUCAGGCCCAUUAAAGUAAUUGAGGGAUCUUUCAGCAUAGAGCUUGAUGUUGAUGAGGUAUAUACAUUUACUACUGUGAGAAAUGGUCAGAGAGGGAGUUACCCAGAUCCUCCAUCCUCUGCUCCCUUUCCUAAAUCAUACAAAGAUGAUUUUGAUGUAUCUGGAAAUCCAUAUUUCUCAGAGGCUCCAAACUUUGCAGAUCAGACAGGGGUCUUUGAAUACUUUACUAACCUGACAGAUCCUGGACCCCAUGUUUCCACUCUGCGACAGGUGGUCACUCAGCGUCCAGUGACCUGGGUUGCAGAUGCUGAUCAGACAAUAAGUGUUAUUGGUGAUUAUAAAUGGCAUGACCUGAUGGUGUCAUGUGACAUAUACAUGGAGGCUGUGCACACCGGUGGAGUCUUCAUUGCUGUCAGAGUGGACAAAGGUGGAGGUGUCAUCCGGAGCACAAGGGGAAUCUUUUUCUGGGUGUACGCAGAUGGCACCUACAAAGUCACAAAUGACCUCAGUGGAAUGACAGUUCUUGCUGAGGGCCUGUCUGGAACUAGAGCACGUGUAUGGUACAAACUGACCCUUACAGUCAAGGGAAACUAUGCAUCAGCAGAUCUCAAUGGCUAUCCCCUGUGGAAGAAUGCAGUGCUCUGGGAGCCACGACAUGGAUGGGUGGCCAUAGGCACUAGUUCAUUUGAACUUGCACAGUUUGAUAAUUUUGCUAUAGAGGCCUUAGCCUGAUGGGGUUUUGUUUGUUUGUUUGUUUGUUUGUUUGUUUGUUUGUUUGUUUUUUUUUUGGCCCUUGUUGUGUCACUGUAAACAGGCAAACUGGAAACAAACAUUUUCAGGUGUGUGACUGAUGUGAUUAUGAAGAGAUUUAAUGAGUUGUUAAUUCUUAAAGGUUUCCAUUUAAACCACUUGUGUGAUUUAAAAUGUAUGAAAACUGACAAUGUGAGUUUUCUAAGAACUUUUUUUUAUUAAAUUAUUUUGAAUGUAUUUUUUUUUCAUAUAAAUGUCUAAGUUGUACAAAAUAUCUUGCAUUGUGUGCCAUUUAAAGUGAAAGUGACAUGACAUACAGCCAAGUAUGGUGACCCAUACUCAGAAUUUGUGCUUUGCAUUUAACCCAUCCAAAGUGAGCACACACAGCAGUGAACACACACACACCCGGAGCAGUGGGCAGCCAUUUAUGCUGCAGCGCCCAGGGAGCAGUUGGGGGUUCGGUGCUUUGCUCAAGUACCUAAAGUAGGGUGAGCUGUACAAAAUUGCAACAGUAUAUUCAUGACAAAGCACUAUUUUAUUUUUUUUAUUUUUUAUAAUUAUCAAAUCAUAACCCUCGUAAAUGUAAAUAUAUAGUGAAAUAAUAUUUGUAUUUUUUAUGUAAAAAUUAUUUGAAUAAUGAAAUUUUUUUACAUAAAGACAGUACAUUUACAGUUGUUUUGUGUAGUUUAAGAAGGCUUAUUACAAAACAUCAAACCUAGAGCAAAUUUGAAUAGUUUUGUCUGCUCUAACCAGCUUGAUCAAAGUCAACCGAGUCUCUGCCCCAUCAGCGAUUAGUCCAGAAGAGCCAUCCUCCAGCUCAUCUUGGACCAGAUAAUGACCACAACUGACCAGCAUAAUCACUUGUGGUCAAAUUUGGCAAAACUGUAAGCAAGAACCUUUGCAGGAUGAUAUUCAGUUUUCAUUUAAAAUUAGUGCAAUAUUAAACAGCUGUACACACUAUUUAUAAAUAAUAUUUGCAACACUUCAGGUGAGCAGUACUUUAAAAGUGUGAAGUUCAUAUUUAUUUAUGAAGAUUUUCAGAGAAGCUCCCUGUUCUCUACAUACGUUGUUGCAUCAGGCCUGCAGUAUGGAAUCGGAGAACAUAUCUUUAAUUUAUUUUAUAAGCCCAGUCCAUUUUCUGCAUCCUGGGACCACCUGCUGUUGGGAAUAGCACUAUAGUGGAGAGGAUAUGCAAGCAUUACAAACUUCAUCAUGUUAAGCUUAAGGAGACGAUCACUGAAACAUUAGAAAACCUGGUCAGUGUUUUACAACACAAUUUUAUUCACAACCAUCAAUUCAUGUUCAUUUGAUUCAGAUAUUAUUUGAAAAGAUAGUUCACCCAAAAAUGAAAGUUCUGUCAUCUUUUACUGUUGAAUCAUCGCU